AUGAAGGCAUCACGAUCGUUUGGGCAGUUGGCUGCGGCCAUGCUCUCGGUGUCGACUGUGGUCGCUGCAUGGCCGAGCUUUCUGCCGGAGCUGGACAAGUUCAUCGUGCGGAGAGCCGAGACGAGCAAGGCAACGACAGGCAAGACGACGGCGAGCGCCAACUCGACCACCCUGGUAGGCGGGGCAGGCGGGAUCACGCUGCUGACGCCGACGACGGUGACGGGAGCGACGCAGCUGUACAAGAUCGGCGACUACGUGACGUGGGUGUGGAACUAUACGAGCCUGCAGGUGACGCCGACGGCGCUGGACGUGCUGGUAUCGUGCAGCUUUGCGACGAGCACGUACACGCUGACGCAGAACAUGACGUUUGAGACGCUCGGCAGCUACACAUGGGACACGGCGGCCUACGAGACGGAUCAUGUGAACGCGCAGCUGCUGACGCAAGAGUACACGCUGAUCAUCUACGACGCCGACAGCAAGAUGACGGCGGCAGCCGAAGCCGGCUACCUCGACACGUACGACAGCUUUACCUUUGGCAUGUACGCGGCGCAGUCGUACACGGGCCUGGCCGACGGCUGGACGUGUGCCACAUGCAGCGGGGCGGUGUCGGACAUGGAGAAGCGGGCGCUCGGCUUUGCCCUGACCAUGAGCAUGGUCACGGUCUUGAGCUUCACCUGGUUCGUCACCGGCAUGCGGCUGACGCUGUGA